AUGAGGUCGCCGCUACUACUCUGUCAUUCUGAGGAGAAGAAGUGUCUCUUGAUUCCAAGUGUGCUUGGCGCAGGACCAGUAGGAUCAAUGCUACACACUCAAAAGCUCAUAUCAAGGAACCACACAAUAUCUCCUUCCACUGCACUUCCCGUUCUCUCCAACUUGCCACGCUGGGGCCCGUCGACGAUAUACGACUUUGUUGCAAAAUAUGUGUUUUCGAGCUCUUUCAGAAGAAUACACAUGGAGCGACUUGACGGAAAGGUGUUUUCCAAUUGUCUUAUCAUUACAGACUCAUCCGUUUUGUUGGGGUUGCAACAGAUGGUUAGAUUGUGGAGGGUGCACAGGAGCCCACAGCGAGGACCACCUCCAUGGCAGCAGGAAAUACCUCUAGCAAAUCAGGUGUUGACGCAGUACAAAAGGGCUUUCGACAGAGGCAUCAUCCUUCCGUGCACCUCUGCUGAUACUCUUGAACAAAAUUAG